AUGUCUUUCUCAUCUGAUGACGAAUACGACCUUGAUAAUUACAAUCCAUCCUCAGAACAUAUUGAGGUUUCUCCUACUACAAGCCCGGAUAGGAACUCUCCUCCUCGAGAAGACGAACUUUUAAUAGCAGCCCAAACUUUAGAUUUUGAAGUCCAAAGUGUUAAGGAAUUAAAAAGGUUUUCUAUUGGUUCCAAUGAUUUGGUAGGGGACCCUGAGCUGGAAUUCAGGGUAAACACUAAUGUAAAUGAUCUAAGCACUAAUGAUGUAAGCCUUGUAAAGAGGUCUGCGUCAUUGUCUCGUGGCAGUACUAUAUCUAAACGCACAGCCAAUACUUCUUUAAGACGAGGUCAGUCUACCUCCAAAGUGAGUUAUAAUGGUAGGAUUAGUUAUAAUAAGUCCUCUAUGCCAAAGCAGCACACACAUCAAACUUUGGAUGAUGAUAUUGAUAAUGAAAAUGUUCCCAUUUCUAAAAAUCUGUUAUGGGUUCCUGCUAGUCAGCAUCCGAAUGCCAAACCUAAAAAUAUCAAUCAAGAUUCAUUGUUAAACAAUGGAUUGGUUCAAGAUUCCAACUCAGAUUUAGACACUCAAGAGGAACUACAAAGAAAUAAAUCAUAUUUGAAUUCAAGACGUAAAAAUAAUUCUCUAGUACGAAAACCUUCCACUCUAAGAAAAUCUUAUACAGACUUCACAGAUGAUGAUAGUGAUUACAACAGAAGCCGUGAAGCCAAUACCUCUAACAAUUCACGUAACACUUCCGACAAUGAAAUGAAUAAUUUAAAGGCUUCACAUGGUAAUUCACCUUCAGCAGACUCUACAUUUUCAUUAAAUGAUAUUAAGGAAGAACUAUCAAAAAUAUCCAAUAGUGCCGGUCUAACCGAAACCAAUGCAGCUACUUUAGCAAGAUCAUUAAGUAUUACUGGUAAAUAUAUAAACAGAGAACUUCUUGAGGAAGAUGAUGAAGCUUCUACUUCGGAUGACAAUAAUGAUGCUAAUGAUAUUAAUACUUCUAUUGAAGAUAAAUCUACUUUAAAACAAAUCCCAGAUUUAAAUGAAGUCGACGGAGAAUUUGCUUCACAUAUUUUAUUAACAAAAAAUGUUAAUGUUCCCGUUCGUUCUUCUUUAAGACGUAAAAAAUUCAAUACUUAUAGGGUUCGUUCAUCUAGCACUACUUCACACCUAACUGAAAAGAAAAAUGAUAACAAGUUAAGGCAAGUAAGUUCACCUGCAUAUUAUUCAAACCAAUUAUCGACAAAACAAGAUCAUAUUCAUAACAAUAAUAAUUCACAAGAGAAUUUAUCAUCAAAUAUUCAAAGCCAAAAUCAAAAAAAUCAGCAUAGCAAUAGUAAUAACAACAACCAUACGCAUACACAUAAACAUACUCACAAUUAUAGUAAAAAUAUUCAUAACAACGAUCAAAAGAAAGAUCAAUUAGAAGUUCAAAAGGAAGAAAUCAAAAACAAAACUCCUUCAAAAGAACACAUUGAACCAGACAUUAUUGAUACAUCUCCUAUAGAUAUUCAAGACAUUUAUAACCAUUAUAGACAGCCAAGCUCGGAUGAUGAAGAAAUACUAAAAUAUUUGAAAUCAAAAGAUAACGAAGAAACAACACAUAAAGAAGUAGAAACAGAUUUUUCACAUUCUUCUGGCUCCCAAGAAAGUAUUAAUAUUUCAUCUUCACCAUCUCCUGAAACUAUAGUUACAGUUCCGGAUAAUUCCAUUGCAGGGUUGAAUACCAAUGCAAUUAGCAACUCUAAUAUUUCAACUCUUAAAUCAACUAUUUCUAAUAUAGAUUCAAAAUUACAAUCUCGUAGGCAUAAGCAUAAAAGGCAUGGUUGGUCUUGGGUUAGUAACCAAGAAGAAUAUUCUUCUAACUUAGAAGGUUCAUCUCCCAAACAACUACAUUCUGCUGAAAAAACAUCACCUACUAUUUCAAUUACUAAGGAAAAUAAAUCACCUAAGAAAUAUCCAAUACAAGUCACAGCCGUUAAGCCUAAGGAAGAUAAAAAUUCAAGUUACCUCCCAUAUUCUCAUAAGAUGAAUAUUAAUGCUUCUAAUUCUACACAGUCUUUGAACAGUCAAAAUAGUCAUACUAGUCAAAAUAGUCAUACCAGUCAAAAUACCCAAAAUGAACAAGGAUCAGAAAAUUCAUUUUUUGAACACGAGGAAAAAACAACAGAUGAAACUCAUCAAGCUUCGCAGCAAAAGAGGCAAAUGUUCGAUUUGAAAUUUUCUAAUUUAUUUAAAAGAAAAGCUGCAAAUAAGGCUCAUCAAGAUUCUUCUAGCGAUGAAAAGAAAUCCGCUAAAAAGUCAUCAAUUCAUAAAUUUAGAAUAAACAAAGGAUUAAAUCUUAACAUUGUUAGUUCUACUAAGACAAUUGAUGAGACUGCUGAUGAAAACAAUGAUGAAGAUCGGGAUAUUUUAGCAGUUAAAAGUACAUCUCCGGUUGAUUUCAUGUCUUCAUCAGAUGGAUUUGAUAUUCAAAAUCAAAUUCAACAAAAGAAGACAGUUACAUCAUUGCGUCCUGCUUUAAACGUUACCAGCUCCAGAAAACAAACUCGUAAAUAUGAUGUUAAAUCUGAUACUCGCCCCGUUCCAUUAAAGCAAAAACCUCAAGAAUCCUUAAACUAUCAAGUUAAACAAAGCCAACAAAUUCAACAUCAACAGAUUCAAUUAAAUAAUAAUUAUCAACAUAAUCAGCAAUAUUAUGAUACCGUUCCUGAUAAUACUACUACAUAUACUUCUCAAGAAAACUUGAAUUCUUUAACUUCAAAUUUUUCAAAUAACUCCAAUAAUCAAAAAGAUAAUAUAACACAAAAUAAUAAUAAGGGAAGAUCUGCUAUUCAUACAAACUCGGGACCUAAUCCAAAUAAAAAUGUAAUAGAGCAUCAACCUACUGAUAUACCUCAUAAACUAUCUUUCUCUGAUGUGAAAAGACUAGAUAAACCUAAUGGUACCAUGAUCUUCACUGACAGUGCAUUUGGUUUCCCAUUACCAUUGCUAACGAACUCUACUGUAAUUAUGUUUGAUUAUAGACUACCAAUUAGUGUAGAAAGAGCAAUUUAUCGUUUAAGUCAUUUGAAAUUAAGUGAACCUAAAAGAACUUUACGCCAACAAGUGUUACUAAGUAAUUUCAUGUAUGCAUAUUUGCAUUUAGUAAAUCACACUUUAUAUAUGGAGAAAUAUGCCAAGUCUCAUGAUAUGAAUAGCCAUAAUGGUAAUAAUAAUGAUAUGCAUCAUCUAUCGGAAGCCGAAGUCCAUUAA